UCAAUUGUUUUGGGUUGUACAUAUACAUAUACAUAUGCACAUAUAUAUAUAUAUAUAUAUGUAUUUCUCUUUCUUUCAUAUGUGUGUGUAUAUAUAUAUAUAUAUAUGUGGUGGUGGUAUCAAUGCAAGCCUGCUGAAUUGCUAAAUGUUCCAGUGUAGUAAUAGUUAGCAUAUUGCAUUUCUUGUUUAGUUCAAAUCUAAGUUGUAUGUUAAUCGAAUUGUAUCUCUUAGUAAUCUCUAACUUGUGCCAAAUUUAUGCGGCAAAAUUUUAUCUAGCUACAUAAUACUUUUAAUUACUUAGGUGGUACUUGUUAAUGAUUGUAUAACUGCAAAAUUAAUCUAUUAUCUGCUAAUAUACAGUUCUUUUUUAUGGUAGUUCCCAUCUUUGUUUCGAUUCUGAGUAAUAGUUUCUACCUUUAUUACAGUUUCGUUUACCUCAUGUGAAGCACUUAUGAGCGAUUAGAAAGUUCAAUGCUUGAGGAUUUUUAUGUCGUUAUGAGAAAGAAUUCGAGAGACUUCCUUUUGGUUAGAAGUGUGAUUUUGAAUUUAAAGUUGACACAAGGAUUUAAUUCUUUGAAAAUAGUUCCAUUGACGAUUGAGCAGUUAAAAUUCUCUUUUUUCCAUGUUGUUGGGGUACCCAUGUUGUUGGGGUACCCAUGUUGGUAACUUGUAGCUGAUGCAUUGAAUAUUCCUCAUUUCACCUACUCUCAUCGUUUUGACAUGUGCAGCAUACUUAAACUGCACUUUUUUUUCUUUUUUUUUUUUUUUUUCCUUUUGCCCCUCUUUUUCUUUCCCCUCUUAAGAUUUCUGUCUUCUAACUUCUACUAAUUAAAAAUGAGUUUGAGCAUUCUAACAAUUCUCCAUGGAAGCCUGAAUGGCCUUAAUGGCAGAUGAAGAAAGCAUUGUAGCUUAGAAACUUGAAUCGAGUUUAAGUGCUUUACGGAUUGGCUUUGAAACUGUUUAGGUAUUCCAGGUCAUGGAGCCAAGACCUUGGAGGCAAUGAAUUCUUUGGUUGAAUUCUUAUGUUAAUUUUGUGGUUGAGAUUUUUCUGGAUGUGCUAUAGUUCAGUUCAUUGGUUGUCAGCAUGUUAGUUGUCAAAAAAUUAGUGAGGCCCACAUGAAUAUAAAUGGGACCUAAUGCAAGUAAAUAGCAGAUAGCCACAUCACUUGCUAUUCGAAGUUUGGUUUUCAUGUGGUGUUUGUAAUAUUACUAUUAUAUUUAAGUUGGAGCUCCGAACAAUUUACCCCAAUAUAUAUACCUUCAAACAACAGCAGAUUGAAGCUAUAAAUAAAUAUGGCUCGGAGGCUAUGUUCCCGCCCUUUCCUCCUGCAAUCUAUUGGCAGAACGUCAAAACCCCUUUUGCAGCCUUCAUCUUCUCCAAGGUCAUAGUCUACUCACUAGUUUAGAAACUCUGCCUGAUUCAUCUUUAAAGAUUUCGAACAGUCAAAUUAGUUGCAGGUCCUGCUUGGAUUUUCAAGUUUUGCAGUCAUACGAUCUUAUGCUCGAGAUAGACGCAAACAUUAUGAUCUCUUUGGCAAUGGAAAACCUGGUGAUGAGGAAUUUAGGAAAGCAUGGAAGAAAGAGAUGGACGAAGAGACUUGUUUGUGGACAGGGAGUGAAGAUGAAAGUGACGAUGGAAAAGACGGAAAAAAUAAUCUUGAAAAAGAGAUCCAGAAAGUUAGACAGAAGGCAAGAGAGCACUCUGACUUAAUUGAUGCUGAUGAUAGUGACGAGUUAAGAAGUGUGUGGUCUGGAAGCGAUGAGGAGAAGACUCUAUGGACAGGUAGUGAAGGCGAUGACGACGACGACAUUCCUACAGAAGCCUAUCCAAAUGAAAGCAGUGAUAAACAUAUAGAUAAAUUGUUUGAGUUUGAAGAAACAUCAAAGUAUCGAACAAUCUCAGAAUUAUUGAAAGAUGAGCAGGAACCAGAGGAGUUGUCACCAGCAAAGCAAGCUCGGAAAAUUGCUGUUGAAAAUGCCUUAAAAAAGUUGAAGAAAGGACCAGAUGGUCGUUACACAAAUGUGUGGGAGGUCAUGAGUGAUUUGGACAUUCUUAUAGGAGCAUUUGAGAAUAUUGUCUCAGGACCUGAAUAUGCAGAGCUUAGACAAGGAGGACCUAAGAAAUUAAACAUCCAGUUUUUCAAAGAUAUUCAAGCACGGAUGAGAGAUCCAAAUUAUAAGUUCUCACCUGAGUUAAAGCUGAAACCAAAGACCAAACUAGUUCCGAGAAAGAAAUGGCAGAAAACAGAGUCUAGACGCAGAAAAGCACGAAAGCGCUAAGUUAUUGUACUCUCUUUUUUUGUUUAUAUAUAUAUAUAUUUUCCCUUCUCAUUUAUUCCUAUCAAAAUUGAAAUAGUUGCCUUUGUUGAUCAUGGUCAUAUGUCUAAAUUACUUGGUUCAGAUGUCUAAGCAUGAAAUUAUAUUAAUACCUAGAAAAUCAUGGCUGAAGAGAUUUCCCAGUUCCUGAGUCUA